AGAAAAGUGCACGAAAUGCUUUACGUACCAGCAACUUCGUACGAUAAAGAUCUAAAGAUUUGGAGUGGCGAUGAAAUCAAAGAAUACUUUGCGCCGAACCUAUCCAUUGGGGAGAUUAUUUUCCAUGAAAUGCGCAGGCAUCCAAAGCUGAUUGCUCAAAUAUCCACCACUGAGGAGACAAUCCUCACCCGCGAAGAGCUCCACUCGAAUGCGAUGCAUGUAGCCUCGUAUAUGCGAUCGAGGGGUCUACUCCAGUCGGAUAUAGUGGGGAUUAUAGCCAGGAAUACCACCCACAUCCCUGCCGUCGCUUAUGGCUGCUUCUUCAAUGGCAUCGCUUUCCACUCCCUGAACAUCGCCUACGAUCGGGGUACCAUCGAGAAGCUUUUCUCCAUCACACGGCCACGGAUCAUCUUUUGCGACGGAGAUGAGUACGAGAAAGUGAGAGAAGCCACUCAGCACCUGGAGAAUGUGGAGAUCGCUACGAUGCGGAACCAUCCAGAGGGAGGAUCGACUCCCAUCCAGCAGAUACUCUCAUCCCCCAUCGAGGAUAACUUUCUGCCCGUGCGACUGGAGCAGGGCAUCGAUCAGACUCUGGCAAUACUCUGUUCCUCGGGCACCACAGGCACCCCCAAGGCGGUGACUCUAACAAACAGUCGAAAAAUACUCGCCGGCUGCCAUUCCCUAACUACCUCGGAUGUUCAGUAUACCUACAGCAGCCUCGACUGGAUUUCUGGUGUCUUGACAACCAUUACAUCGGGAGUCUAUAGCACUACAAGAAUUAUCACAGAUAAUGUUUACGAUCCUGUGUACUUGUUGCGGCUCAUAGAGGACCGCAAGAUCACAUGGACACUGCAGGCGCCCUCCCACAUGGCUAUGAUGGUAAAUUGUCCGGAGUUCGAGUCCACAGACUUCUCGAGCAUCAGGUAUUUCUUAUUUGGAGGUGGUCGCGCUUCAGUAGAGACGCAGAAGCUCAUUAGAAGUCGCCUGAGCAGAGAUGGUCUCAUUUUCAUGUAUGGAUUGACGGAAUUAGGGGCCAUGGCCACCAUGAACGUUCAUUUUGAUGAGAAGCCCAACUCUGUGGGUAGGCUGCUCAGUGGCUUGAAGGCUAAGAUAGUCUCUGAAGAGGGAGAAUCUCUGGAUCCCGAUGAGCUCGGAGAGGUGUGCAUCCGCAACGGCCAGCAUUGGGCAGGAUACUAUGGAAAUCAGCAGGAGACUCGAAAGAUUCGCGACCCUCAGUUGUGGUUCCACACUGGAGACCUCGGUUACAUGGAUUAUGAUGGCUUCCUGUAUAUUGUGGAACGGAAAAAGGACAUGCUAAAGUAUCUGGGAAUGAUGUACUAUCCGAAUGAUAUCGAAACGAUCAUCUCUGAGAUGCCAGAAGUUGCUGAGGUUUGUGUUUUUGGUGUCUGGGACCAAGUUAAUGGAGAUGAGGCCGUCGCUGCUGUCGUCAAGAGGCAGGGAAAAGAACUGAAAGCCCAGGACAUUGUGGAUUACGUGAGAGAUCAUACGGAAGUCAAGUACAAGCAGUUGAAUGGCGGGGCAAUCAUCAUGGAGGAACUGAAGCGCAGUCCCAAUGGCAAAACUAAUCGAAUAGCCACCAAAGAGUACUUUUUGAAUAUCAAAGGAAGGCAAUAGAUGGGGAAAUUUUAUGGUUUUUACUUUUUACU